AUGGGGAAUAAGCGUGAGGAGUCAGAGAUGCGUGUGCAGUUGCAGGGCUACGAUCUUGUUGGGAUCACGGAGACGUGGUGGGAUGGCUCCCGUGACUGGAGCGUUGCAAUGGAGGGCUACGGGCAGGCUUUAGGAAGGACAGCCCCGGUAAGCACCAGGUCGACGAGGGCGGACCCGCCAAGGGGGCGGGGACAAGCGAAAACGACAGACGAGACAGCCAAUCGAGACGCGGGAUCGGCCGGCGGCGAUCUGGCGGCCCAACGGGCGCCGCGGAGGGCCUGGCCGAGUGGAGGAAGCGCGGGGGCGACAACGGGCCUUGUCGUGGCUGACGAGAUUAUUGGGGCGCGGGCCGCCCGGCCCGGUGGCGCCACUACUGUCUUCGGAAAGGUCAUCGGCAAGGCGCUUCCCGCCAACGUCAUCUACGAGGACGAGGAGUGCCUUGCGUUCCGUGAUCUUUCACCCCAAGCUCCGACACUUUUCCUAGUCAUGCCUAAGGAGCCAAUUAUCAGGUUAUCUGAAGCGGAAGAUUCUGGUGAAUCUCUUCUUGGGCAUUUAAUGAUUGUUGGCAAGAAGCGUGCUGCUCACCUGGGCCUGACCAAUGGAUUCUGGAUGGUUGCGGAUGAAGGGCCCGAGGGUGGGCAGUCUGUCUGUCACGUACAUCUACGUAUUCUGGGUGGCUGUCAGUUGGGCUGGCCGCCUGGCUAAGAUUUUUGCACGGUAACCUGGGAGGAAUACGG